GUUACAACGCAGCCAUCAGCGCCUUCGGUGCAGGAGGGCGCUGGGAGCUAUCACUGCAGCAUUGCCGCGAGCUGCUGGCCACGCCUGACCAAGUGAGCUGCGGUGCUGUGAUGGAUGCAGCUGCCAAGGGAGGUCGCUGGGAUUGGACCCUCACUGUUCUCUCAUCCAUGGGAAGGUGGAGGCUUGCACCAGACAUCUUCAACUACAACAUUGCCAUUUCAGAGGCAUCCCACUGGCAGCAGUCACUGCAGCUGCAAGGAUGCCGCGAGUCAGGCAGAGCACCGAAUGGGAUCACCUACUCCAAUUCGCUGACAACUCUCGCAGCGCAUGGGUGCUGGAAGUUCGCCCUCUGCAUGAGCCGGCGCAUGCGGACCGACCGCUGCCACAGCGAGAUUGCGUGCGGUGCAGCACUCAAUGCUUGCGAGAAAGGCCUUCAAUGGCGAGCUUCAUUGAUGAUGCUGCGAUGGAUGGCACAGCAAGGCAUGGAGACGAAUGAGAUCUGUUACAGGGCAGCCAUGGGCCCAGCUGGCCCAGCUAAGCUACGCAACGAGACUCCUUUGAAUGAUAUGUCACCAGCGAUUCCAUGGCUGGGCCAAGGCGAUCAGCGCAUCGGAGAACCAAGACCAGCAGCUUCCCUGAAAGGAGCUGACUCCAAGAAUUGCUUGUUAUUUCCCUCGGGAGAGGUGGCCUGUGGCACUCCUUCUGCUGGUGGAUCCCUCGACUCCAGCGGGUGGAGCUGUGAGCUCUGUCAGCUCAUUCGACAGCGCACUCUCCGCCUCGGAGGCGGUGCAAGCAUCCUGGAGGAUCAGCUCCAGCGCCUCAGCUUGCAGGAGCCUCGGAAUCCGCGGCGCUUCGCCGACGUCGAGCGGCGGCUGCCGCUGCGGGCGCUGGCGACCUUGUGCUGGUCUUUUGCCUCGGCGCCGUUGAGGUCGCAAACCUCGCUGUGCGAGGUUUUCUAUGCUUUACAAAGGGAGCUUGCCAGCCGGGUGACCGUCCUCAGAGGCAGAGAGGCAAUCAGUUCCAGCACCGAUAUGCUGGAAGUACUUUGGGCCUCAAGCUUUGUGGGCUGCCUACAGCUCCGCAGCCUCCCCGCGGUUUGGAAAGCCCUCCAGCAUGUGGCACGCAGCCUUGAUAGCGUGGCCCACUUGCCCUCGUCCUCGUCCUCGGCCUCGACUGGACGCCUUGACCCACUAGCUCCGGAGAUGCAGGUCGACGAGUCUGGGGACGCUUCCGGUCUACCCCUUUCCCGGUAUGUGCAGAAGCUCUGCAACAUGCCAAUUCACUACGACGAGUCCCACCAGAGAGGCUUCCUACAUCGUUUGGAUGUGCCAAGCUCCGGGAUGAUCCUCGUCGCCUCCACUUUCUCCGCUUACUACGAUCUUCAAUUUCAAUUGUCCGCGGGUAUGUUAACCCGGGACUAUGCUGUCCAGUCACACGGCUGGUGCAGUGACCGUGGGACGAUUCGUGCUUCAGUUGCCUGGGCUGAUACCGGUUCCAAAAAGGACUCCCCAAGCCGUGUGACUGCCGGCGAGAACUCCCAGACACACCUCAAGGUCUUACUGCACUCGAUACACAUGGGACGUGCGCUCUCCUUCAUGGCUAUACGGAUUGGAACGGGGCGAAAACAUCAGAUCCGAGUUCACACCGCCCAUGUGGGUCACGCGACUGUCAGCGAUGGUCUGUAUUCCACAGCCGAGACCUACUCUGGUGAUCAGGAUUGGUGCCAGCGGAUAUUUUUGCACCGGUACCAUCUCGCCUUCCGCUCGCAAGCCUUGCGCGGAGAAGAGUUCGAGGCCCGUGAUGCACUGCCGCCGGAUCUGCAGGACUGUCUUCAGGUGGCACAGGUGGUGCGGCCCUGCUCCCAAAGGGCAGCAAGGUCAGCGCGAUUCGCCUCCCUGCCACCCUGGCACUUGUGUUCGCAGCUGACCAGGAAAAGAAGAGAGACACGCGACCAGCAACAACUCGUGCUCAGAUCUUCCAUGCGCUGCUUGUUCCGAAGACAGCCGGCUCGAACCUCUGCAUGCCACUGCCAGCCGGGACCAUGCCUUGUGCUGACGCAAGCUCAUGCGACGAUUGGGCCAUGCGUCUGCUCCGGCCGCCUG